AUGGCUUCCCACCGCCACUUCCUCCGCCUCCUCGACGACCCCUUCUUCCCCUUCCCACCGCCGCCACCUUCCUCCUCCUCCUGCCCGUUCCUCCUUGAUGGCGUCUCAGACUACCUCUCCCCGUUCCCCGCCGCCUCCCCAUUCCGCGACCUGGACGACCUCCUCCUGCCCCCGGCGCCGGCGCUCGACCCCUUCUUCGCCUUCCCCACGACCCCGUCACCCUACGCCCCGCUCCUCCUCCGCGACCUCACCGACCGCGUCGCCGCCCUCGAGCUCGCCGUCGCCACCGCGCGACGCCGCCCCGAGCCCCCCGCCACCCGGAAGCGCACCUACGUCACCGAGGCCGGCGGCCGCAAGGUCAAGUGGACCUCCGUCGAGAAGCCGCGCGCCGGGGAGCGGACGCUCAGGUGGGAGGCCGAGAUCAAGUCCCCCGACGACGACGGCUUCGACCGCAAGUGGAAGUGGGAGGCCAAGGGCGGAUCCUCCGCCGCCGGUGGUGCUGGCGCAAGGAAGCUCAAGUGGGGUGCCGCGGUCAAGGGUAAGGGAUGUCUCGAGCCCUGGUCCCAGGCCUACACCUGGGAGGAGGACUUCACCGCCAGCGACAGCGACGACGAAGAGGUGGAGCGCGCGGUCGACAAGACCAAGACCAACAAGGUCACCGUGAAGAAGAAGAGAAGAAGGAGGUCAAGACCGUCAAGAAGGAGAAGAAAUGCCCCUUCGCCACCGUCAAGAUCGAGGAGAUCUCCGAUGACAACGAUGCUGGAUGCGUCGCCAUCAAAAAGGUCAGACCUUUUCUUCUGCAUCGGUCAUUCUUCCUCACUGGCAUUUGCUAAGGGCAACGGCAAGGGAAAGAGGAAGGAGCUCUCCCCACAGGAUGCUGCAUUGCUCAUCCAGAUGACCUACAGGGCUCACCUUGCUCACCGCUCCCAGGUGCUUCGCUGCCUGCGUGAUCUGGCUGUGGCUAAAGCCAAGCUCAAGGAGCUCAGGUCCCUGUUCUAUAACAUCUCCUACAGGCACCGCAUUGCGCAUGACCACGAAGAGCGCCAGAGGUUCUCUGAGAACAUCAUCGUGCUGCUCAUCACUGUCGAUGCGCUCGAGGGACCUGACUACAUGGUGAGGACCGCAAAGAAAUCUAUGCUAGAGGAGCUUGAAGCAAUGCUGGAGGUUGUGGACCCUCAGCCCCCAGGGAAGCAGAGAUCACUGAGCCGCAGGAAGUUUGAUCUCCCAGAGGGUGGAGCCAUCUCCGAUGAGAAAAUGGCUGCUGCCAACAAGGCCGUCAGGAUCAUCGAGGAGGGCAAGUGA